AUGCCUUUCUUUUCUUCUACCAAGCUCACCAGUGCCUACGGUCCAUUCGCCGACCGCGAAAGCGCCAGGUCGAUCCUAACCGACAUCAUCGGCUCCAGCCGCCCCAACAGCGCAAAGAACUCCCCAGCCUGCUCCAAGCCCAGCAGCGAGACCAGCAGCGAGACCAGCUCCAUCGCAUCAAAAUUCGCCAAUGACCGCAAGAGCAGCACCACGCCCUCCACUCGCAGCUUGAACAAGAAGGAACCCCUGGUCAAGACCAUCCCCACGCCCCCCAUGCGCUUCGUCAACUAG